GAGCAUGUUAUCUGCAUUUCUCAAAACGGACUUUGACGCUGAGGAGGAGCCCGGACAUCAGAUAUUUAAAGCUGGGUUUGUCUCCUAAAGAGAUCACCAGCAUUUCCCUUAAAGCCUGAACUAAAGAACUCUUUGAGAAGAGACUGAAGAUGGAGAUGAUGGUGUUUCUAGCGGCUCUUCUGCCUGUCCUGUUGGGCUGUGAUUGUGGUUAUGAUGUGAACAAACCGGUCGACUGCUCUGAUCUUUAUAAAUCAGGACAGACGGCCAGCGGGAUCUACUCCAUCUAUCCUGCAGGAGAUGUUCCUGUCUGGGUUCACUGUGACAUGAUCUCAGAUGGGAAAGAUGAAGAUAAAGGAGGAUGGACGGUGAUUCAGAGGAGAAUGGAUGGCAGCGUGAAUUUCUAUCGGCCGUGGAAUCAGUACAAGAGAGGAUUUGGGAAUAUAGAGAGUGAAUACUGGCUGGGGCUGGAGAACAUGUAUCAGCUGACACGAAACAGGAAGUACAUGCUGAGAGUGGAUCUGGAGGACUUUGAAGGAAGGAAGGGUUUUGCUCAGUACUCGUUCUUCUCUGUCGGUUGUGAGUGUGCUGGAUAUCAGCUGGGAAUUUCAGGAUUCACGGAUGGAGGAGCAGGCGACUCUUUAUCUGGUCACAAUGGAUUCAACUUCUCCACCUUUGACAAGGACCAAGACACUUCAGAGACUAACUGCGCCAAACAGUAUCUCGGGGCGUUUUGGUACUCGGCGUGUCACAAUACCAACCCCAACGGAGUGUAUUUAUGGGGUGAAGAUCCCACACACUACGCCAUUGGUGUGGCCUGGUCCACCUGGAAGAACUACGCCGUCAGCAUGAAGUCCAUCGGCAUGAAGAUCAAACGCAUCUCUUAGAAACAUCACAGUGCUUUUGAAAGGAAAAUACUUUUUACCUCAUUUUAGGACAUCUUACGGUUUUCAUUGCUUUUUUAUAUUUAUAUAUUGAGCUCAAAACGAGCUUUGACCGUGAAAUAACAGUCUGCUGAGACGGAGUUCAAAUAAACUGAUUUACAGACACGAAUGAAUAUAAGACUAGUUAUAGAAACAGCUUUGAAACGACUCAUAAAUACAACACUUUGGAAGGCGUUAUUUCUUUUUAGGUUUAAAUCGUUUUGUUCUUGCAUCAAAGUUUAGUGCACCAAUAAAUAAAUUAAUAUGCAUACAGCA